AUGACGCCGAAGUCUAUAUGCGGCAGCUACGCCUUCUGGCUGCCGCACUAUGAGAAAAACCACUGGAACACGCUGAAGCAAUGGAUAUAUCUACGGUUAAGGCUAAAAAUAAUUAAUGGGACCUCACAAGAAGUAUCUAGUGGUGGUGGUUCUUUAACACAACCAACAUUGUCUUCCUCUCUGGCAGAAGGUUUAGCAAUCCCUUUUGUUAACAUUGCUGAAAGAAACAACUUAUACACUUGGCAGCAGGCGUAUCAAUCUGCAGAGAACAAUUGUUUUGCCGCUCUUGAGCUGCUAGCCCAAGCUGCGUCUGAUCCAUUUUUACCCACUAAUAUGUUACCGUCCAGAGGAGCGUGUUUGGAAUCCUUCGUACGACAAAAAAGACGAUCACAGGGAAAGAAUCUUCAUGAACAUUCAAGAUGCGCAAACUGUAACACCUCAAAAACGUCGUUAUGGAGACGAAACGAGUUGGGCGAAGUAGAAUGCAAUGCCUGUAAUCUUUAUUAUCGCAAAAACAAACGUCCAAGACCAUUGAGUUUGUGCAAGGAUACGAUUGCAAAACGACGGAGAAAAUCUGCAGCAGAACGCAAUAAUGUGAAUAAAUGA